AUGAAGCCCAGAGCAGAGUGCUGUUCUCCCAAGUUCUGGUUGGUGUUGGCUGUCCUGGCUGUGUCGGGCAGCAGAGCUCGUUCUCAGAAGAGCCCACCCAGCAUUGGCAUUGCUGUCAUUCUCGUGGGCACUUCAGACGAGGUGGCCAUCAAGGAUGCCCACGAGAAAGAUGAUUUCCACCAUCUGUCUGUGGUGCCACGUGUGGAGCUGGUAGCCAUGAAUGAGACCGAUCCAAAGAGCAUCAUCACCCGUAUCUGUGAUCUGAUGUCUGACCGGAAAGUCCAGGGGGUGGUGUUUGCUGAUGACACUGACCAGGAAGCCAUCGCCCAGAUCCUUGACUUCAUUUCAGCCCAGACUCUCACCCCCAUCCUCGGCAUCCAUGGGGGAUCCUCUAUGAUAAUGGCAGAUAAGGAUGAAUCCUCCAUGUUCUUCCAGUUUGGCCCAUCAAUUGAACAGCAAGCUUCUGUAAUGCUCAACAUCAUGGAAGAGUAUGACUGGUACAUCUUUUCUAUUGUCACCACCUACUUUCCUGGCUAUCAGGACUUUGUAAACAAGAUUCGCAGCACCAUUGAAAAUAGCUUCGUGGGCUGGGAGUUAGAGGAAGUCCUCCUGCUGGACAUGUCCCUGGAUGAUGGUGAUUCUAAGAUCCAGAACCAGCUCAAGAAACUUCAAAGCCCCAUCAUUCUUCUCUAUUGUACUAAGGAAGAGGCCACCUACAUCUUUGAAGUGGCUAACUCAGUAGGGCUGACUGGCUGUGGCUACACGUGGAUUGUGCCUAGUCUGGUGGCAGGGGAUACAGACACAGUACCCUCGGAGUUCCCCACUGGGCUCAUCUCUGUGUCCUAUGAUGAGUGGGACUAUGGCCUCCCUGCCAGAGUGAGGGAUGGAAUUGCCAUAAUCACCACCGCUGCUUCUGACAUGCUCUCUGAACACAGCUUCAUCCCUGAGCCCAAGAGCAGUUGUUACAACACCCAUGAGAAGAGAAUCUACCAGUCCAAUAUGCUAAAUAGGUAUCUGAUCAAUGUCACUUUUGAGGGGAGGAAUCUGUCCUUCAGUGAAGAUGGCUACCAGAUGCACCCGAAACUGGUGAUAAUCCUUCUGAACAAGGAGAGGAAGUGGGAGAGGGUGGGGAAGUGGAAAGACAAGUCCCUGCAGAUGAAGUACUACCUGUGGCCCCGAAUGUGUCCUGAGACAGAAGAGCAGGAGGAUGACCACCUGAGCAUUGUAACGCUGGAGGAGGCUCCAUUUGUUAUUGUGGAAAGUGUGGACCCUCUGAGUGGAACCUGCAUGAGGAACACAGUCCCCUGCCAAAAACGCAUAGUCUCUGAGAAUAAAACAGAUGAGGAGCCUGGUUAUAUCAAAAAAUGCUGCAAGGGGUUCUGUAUUGACAUCCUUAAGAAAAUUUCCAAAUCUGUGAAGUUCACCUAUGAUCUUUACCUGGUUACCAAUGGCAAGCAUGGAAAGAAAAUCAAUGGAACCUGGAAUGGUAUGAUCGGAGAGGUGGUCAUGAAGAGGGCCUACAUGGCGGUGGGGUCACUCACCAUCAACGAGGAGCGAUCUGAAGUGGUCGACUUCUCUGUGCCCUUCAUAGAGACUGGCAUCAGUGUCAUGGUGUCACGCAGCAACGGGACUGUCUCACCUUCUGCCUUCUUAGAGCCCUUCAGUGCUGAUGUCUGGGUUAUGAUGUUUGUGAUGCUGCUCAUUGUCUCGGCUGUGGCCGUCUUUGUCUUUGAGUACUUCAGCCCUGUGGGUUAUAACAGGUGCCUCGCGGAUGGUAGAGAGCCCGGUGGCCCAUCUUUUACCAUCGGCAAAGCUAUUUGGUUACUCUGGGGUCUGGUGUUUAACAACUCCGUACCCGUGCAGAACCCAAAGGGGACCACCUCCAAGAUCAUGGUGUCAGUGUGGGCCUUCUUUGCUGUCAUCUUCCUGGCCAGCUACACUGCCAACUUAGCUGCCUUCAUGAUCCAAGAGGAGUAUGUGGACCAGGUUUCCGGCCUGAGUGACAAAAAGUUCCAGAGACCUAAUGACUUCUCACCCCCUUUUCGCUUUGGGACUGUGCCCAAUGGCAGCACAGAGAGGAAUAUUCGCAAUAACUAUGCAGAAAUGCAUGCCUACAUGGGAAAGUUCAACCAGAGGGGUGUGGAUGAUGCAUUGCUCUCCUUGAAAACAGGGAAACUGGAUGCCUUCAUCUAUGAUGCAGCAGUGCUAAACUACAUGGCAGGCAGAGAUGAAGGCUGCAAGCUGGUGACCAUUGGCAGCGGGAAGGUCUUUGCUUCCACUGGUUAUGGCAUUGCCAUCCAAAAAGAUUCUGGGUGGAAGCGCCAGGUGGACCUUGCUAUCCUGCAACUUUUCGGAGAUGGGGAGAUGGAGGAGCUGGAAGCUCUCUGGCUCACUGGCAUUUGCCACAAUGAGAAGAAUGAGGUCAUGAGCAGCCAGCUGGACAUUGAUAACAUGGCAGGAGUCUUCUACAUGUUGGGAGCAGCCAUGGCUCUCAGCCUCAUCACCUUCAUCUGUGAACACCUUUUCUAUUGGCAAUUCCGGCAUUGCUUUAUGGGUGUCUGUUCCGGCAAACCUGGCAUGGUCUUCUCUAUCAGCAGAGGUAUCUACAGCUGCAUCCAUGGCGUGGCUAUCGAGGAGCGUCAGUCCGUGAUGAAUUCCCCCACUGCGACCAUGAACAACACACACUCCAACAUCCUGCGCCUGCUCCGCACGGCCAAGAACAUGGCGAACCUGUCUGGCGUGAACGGCUCUCCCCAGAGCGCCCUGGACUUCAUCCGCCGCGAGUCAUCCGUCUACGACAUCUCCGAGCACCGCCGCAGCUUCACGCAUUCCGAUUGCAAAUCCUACAACAACCCUCCCUGCGAGGAGAACCUCUUCAGCGACUACAUCAGCGAGGUGGAGAGAACGUUCGGUAACCUGCAGCUGAAGGACAGCAACGUGUACCAGGACCACUAUCACCACCACCACCGGCCCCACAGCAUCGGCAGCACCAGCUCCAUCGACGGGCUCUACGACUGUGACAACCCGCCCUUCACCACCCAGCCGAGGUCCAUGAGCAAGAAGCCGCUGGACAUCGGCCUCCCGUCCUCCAAACACAGCCAGCUAAGCGACCUGUAUGGCAAGUUCUCUUUCAAGAGUGACCGCUACAGCGGCCACGAUGACUUGAUCCGCUCAGACGUGUCCGACAUCUCCACCCACACGGUCACCUACGGGAACAUCGAGGGCAAUGCCGCCAAGAGGCGCAAGCAGCAAUACAAGGACAGCCUGAAGAAGCGGCCGGCCUCGGCCAAGUCCCGGCGCGAGUUCGACGAGAUCGAGCUGGCCUACCGCCGCCGGCCGCCCCGCUCCCCGGACCACAAGCGCUACUUCAGGGACAAGGAAGGGCUACGGGACUUCUACCUGGACCAGUUCCGCACGAAGGAGAACUCGCCCCAGUGGGAGCACGUGGACCUGACCGACAUCUAUAAGGAGCGGAGCGAAGACUUUAAGCGCGACUCCGUCAGUGGAGGAGGGCCCUGUACCAACAGGUCUCACCUAAAACACGGGACGGGCGAUAAACACGGCGUGGUCAGCGGGGUGCCGGCACCGUGGGAGAAGAACCUGACCAACGUGGAGUGGGAGGAUCGCUCCGGGAGCAACUUCUGCCGAAGCUGCCCCUCGAAGCUGCACAACUACUCCUCGACGGUGGCAGGGCAGAACUCGGGUCGGCAGGCGUGCAUCCGGUGCGAGGCCUGCAAGAAAGCAGGGAACCUGUACGACAUCAGCGAGGACAACUCUCUGCAGGAGCUGGACCAGCCGGCUGCCCCCGUGGCGGUGACGUCAAACGCCUCCACCACCAAGUACCCACAGAGCCCGACCAACUCCAAGGCGCAGAAGAAGAACCGGAACAAACUCCGCCGGCAGCACUCCUACGACACCUUCGUGGACCUGCAGAAGGAAGAAGCCGCCUUGGCCCCACGCAGCGUGAGCCUGAAAGACAAGGGCCGGUUCGUGGAUGGGAGUCCCUACGCCCACAUGUUUGAGAUGCCAGCUGGUGAGAGCACCUUUGCCAACAACAAGUCCUCAGUGCCCACUGCCGGACACCACCACCACAACAACCCCGGCAGCGGCUACAUGCUCAGCCAGUCGCUCUACCCUGACCGGGUCACGCAAAACCCUUUCAUCCCCACUUUUGGGGAUGACCAGUGCUUGCUCCAUGGCAGCAAAUCCUACUUCUUCAGGCAGCCCUCGGUGGCAGGGGCGCCGAAAGCCAGGCCGGACUUCCGCGCCCUUGUCACCAACAAGCCGGUGGUCUCGGCCCUUCAUGGGGCUGUGCCAGGCCGUUUCCAGAAAGACAUCUGUAUAGGGAACCAGUCCAACCCCUGUGUGCCUAACAACAAAAACCCCAGGGCUUUCAAUGGCUCCAGCAAUGGUCAUGUUUAUGAGAAACUUUCUAGUAUCGAGUCUGAUGUCUGA